AUGGAUUCCUCUUUAAACUUCAACUACGACUGUGGUAGCAAUGUCUGUGAAAAGAGUGAGGUCAAGUUUGGAGCUAAUUUCUCGCCAGUGCUCUUUUCUAUCGUCAUCUCUCUGAGUCUGAUAGGAAACAUCCUCGUCCUUGUGAUCUUGGCUUUGUAUGAAAACCUGAAAUCUCUGACCAACAUCUUCAUCUUAAACUUGGCCAUCUCUGACCUCGUCUUCACUCUUGGUCUCUCCUUCUGGGUCACCGACCACGUCUGGGGAUUGGUGUAUCCAGAUAUUGUCUACAAGUUUCUGACUUUUGUUCUUUUCAUCGGGUUUUAUAGCAACAUCUUCUUCCUUACCAUCAUGCCCAGUUUCUACAAGUGUUUGACUGACGUCCAUCUGUCCAAUAAGAGUUAUUUGGGUUUUCUGUCUCUCUCCAUGUGGAUGAUCAGUAUUGCACCAGCCAGACUCCACACUUACCCCAUUGGUACACAGAACAGUGACAAUCAGCACCUUGCUUUCUCCAGCUGCUGCCUGAAGCCUGUGGUUUAUGCAAUCAUUGAUGAAAAGUUCAGAAGCAACUUGAUGUCAUUACUGCUUAAAAUCUGCAGGAGACAAAAUCCAGUUAAUGAAGAGGUUAGAGUGCAAAACCCUUCUCAACUUCCAUAA